GACAGCUGCGCUUUUACGCCUUCGCGACAUUUAUUUGUUGUUUUUCCUAACGCAAACGGCCGCAAAAAUCUUAUUGGAAUUUUAGUUCACCGCUCGAAUCGAAUUCAUUCACUUGUUUGUUGUCUUGCAUUCGCAUACGCGUUCGCGAAUUUCAACGCCGUAAAUUCUACAAUUUCAUUUCUUCUGUUUUUGUUAAGUUUUGUUGUGUGGUGCAGCCGCUUAGAACGAACGCAGGAUUUUCAACAUUUUGCCAAAUUAAUUAACGAAACGAAUGUGAAAGAAACAGCAAUCAAACUAAACCAGUUAACUUAUAAAAUAUAAGAGAAAACGCAUAAAUUUCACUUUUCACAAAGUUACAUGAAGCGUUUUUGAAAAUAUCUUUUUGGUGGGCGUAUGUGUCGGCGUAGUGCAACACGAUAUUUGAAAUAAGAAGUAAAUUUACUAAAUUGCAUUAUUGCAAAAAAAACAAACACGAAAUACCAUAACUUCACUGCUGCCAAAUCAAGUGUGAGUUUCUGUUGCAACUCGAAACUGCAUUAUAGCCAAGCGCGUACGUUAAAAGAAAUUGCAAAAAAAAAAAGAAUUGCAGUAUUUUUGCAAACGACAUUAAAAAGUGAGCGAAAAAUUUGAAAUUUGUGUGCAUACUUAGUUGAUGGCCGAAAAUAAAGGAAUCAUGCUGGCUAAAUCCGUACAAAAACACGCUGGACGUGCCAAGGAAAAGAUUUUGCAAAAUUUGGGCAAAGUCGACCGGACUGCCGAUGAUAUUUUCGAUGAUCAUUUAAAUAACUUCAAUCGUCAACAAACAAACGCCAACAGAUUACAAAAGGAGUUCAACAACUACAUCAGAUGUAUUCGCGCCGCUCAAACCGCUUCCAAGUCGCUAAUGGAUGCGAUUUCCGAAAUCUAUGAACCGCACUGGGUUGGCUAUGAAGCAUUGCAAGCACAAACUGGCGCUGCCGAGAGUCUUUGGCAAGACUUCGCCCAUAAAUUGGCAGAUCAAGUAUUGAUACCGUUGAAUACAUACACCGGACAAUUUCCGGAAAUGAAAAAAAAAGUGGACAAACGCAAUAGAAAACUGAUCGACUAUGAUGGCCAACGCCAUUCAUUCCAAAGUCUACAGGCCAAUGCUAACAAACGCAAGGAUGAUGUCAAGCUCACCAAAGGUCGCGAACAGCUGGAGGAAGCUCGUCGCACCUAUGAAAUUCUCAAUACCGAGUUGCAUGAUGAGUUGCCCGCCUUAUAUGAUUCAAGAAUACUAUUUUUGGUCACCAACUUGCAGACGCUCUUCGCAACGGAACAAGUGUUUCACAAUGAAACGGCUAAGAUCUACUCCGAACUGGAGGCGAUUGUUGACAAAUUAGCAACGGAUUCUCAACGCGGCUCGAAUACGCUACGAAAGCAAACUAGUAAAUUUAUGGAAAGCACUGCCUUUUCCGCACCAAGCCCCACAAAGACGUCGCCAUUCAAGCAAAUGAACAACACAAACAACACCACCAACAAUAGUAACUAUCAAAAUCAGAUCACCACAAAUGGCUCCAGUAAUGUGAAUAGUCCAUCAUCCACAUCCACAAGCUCCUCACAUCAAACAUCCAGGCUUGACUCAGUUUCUCCAACACCAGAAUCGACACCGGAAAAUAAUGCCGCCGCCGUCGCCGUCGCCAGCGUCUCAAGCCCCAGCAGCGGUCCAGCUUCGACGUCCGGCAAUAAUAGUCCACUGGUCGGCGCUGUUACGCCACCGCCAUAUCAGAGCGCGGUGCUUGCGAACUUUUCGAAUGCAGCGGCCCUCAAUAACAGCAACAGCAAUGGCGUCGUAGAGCAGCACCGAGCUGCCACACCGGAAAGCCCCAACGCGAACUCAACGCUCCCGGCUGCUGCUGCUAGUUUGAACGACAGCGCUGCUUCUGCUGCCGUCGCCGCUGUGGAAGCUUCCAACGCCGUCGCCGCCUCCGCCGUUGAAGAAGUGACACACAACAACAAGGACAACGAUGUCUCGAAUGCACCGACCGCCAAUGACGCGCCAGUCACACCGAACGCAGACGAAAGCAGCAGCAACAAUGUACGCAAAUCUUUGAAGCUCACACCGGAGCAGCUAAACGGCAAUGCCAACAUCAGUGAAAGUGUCGCGGCGCCGCAGUCGAACAAUGUCAACAACGCCAAUGCCAAUGCGAACGCUACGACAGCGGAAGCAACGGCGGCAGUGCCACAAGCAGCAGCCGCGCCGCAACCGACGCCAACGCCGACCGAUUUGAAUAAUGGCAAUGCGACGACGGAUGAGACGAAUAAGAAAUCAGGAGGUAAAGUCAUUGAAAAGUCACCAAAAAGACACAAAGCACAGUUAUUGAACCCAUUGAAUUUGAUACGUAAAUCACGCGCCAAUAAAGUCGAAAGUGUUGUUGUUGUUGAAAAGCGUGCCGCUACCAAUGACCUUAAUAGUAUUGAUAAUGUCGGUGGUGCAACAAAUGUUGAGCCGCCAAAUCUCAAUAUUGAGCAAAGUCAAAAGGUAGCCGCCGCUGCGGUUAGUAAAAAUCCUUUCGAAGAAGAUGAACGAAUCUACGAGAUACCAACGGAUGCCACCACAUCGGACUUGCCCGCGGGUGUGCUUUACCGUGUCAAGGCCACCUAUGGCUACGUGAAGGAGGAUGUCGAUGAGCUGAGCUUUGAGGUUGGCGAUAUCAUACGCGUUAUUGAGUAUGACGAUCCAGAGGAUCAGGAGGAAGGUUGGCUGAUGGGACAAAAGGAGGGCACCACCGAGAAGGGUCUGUUCCCAGCUAACUUUACACGGCCCAUCUAGGCGCGCAGACGUGCAGCAAGCGAACGAGUAUCAGCAAGAAAAGAGCAGCAGGCCAGUGCAACGAACAAAAGCAGAAAACAGAAACAAUAAAUAGAGCAGAACAAGCAUAAGAAGAAGAAGUAGGAGCCACAUAAAAGCGAAUAUUUAUGAAAACAGUUUAAGAGUUUUGAAGAGUUUAAGUAAAAAAUAAAGGAAUAGUGAAUGACAGUUAAAGCAACCCAAAGCAUAUUUACGAUGACAAUGGCAAGUGGCAAACUAAAUUUGGCUGCAACAAAUGGGUUUUUUAUUGUUAAUUUUGUUUUUAUAAAUAUGUAUUUAUAAAUGAAUUUGUUUUCUCUGUAGAUAAAUCUAUUUAACUCUUAUUAUAAACUGAAACACACACAAAAAUCGAAAAGGCAACAGUUGAAAUUUGUUAGAACGAACGUAUGCUUAUGUAUAAGUACGUACAUAUAUAUAAUAUAUGUAUAUACUGAUGUGCAUAUAUUGUAUAUUUUAUUAAUACAUAUGUACGUAUUUUGUAAAACUUGUGGCUUAUAAUUGCUUCCAAAUUUUAUUUUAUUUUUGUUUGUAAAAGUUUUUUUUUCAACAACGCAAUUUUAAUAAAAAAAAAUAAUAUUUUAUUACAUAUUGUCACAUAAAUAUUGCAUCGAGCGCUACUUAUAUAAAUAAAAAUAAAAAUAUUUUUUUUUUAAUUAAAAUAAAUAAAAUAUUUUUUUUAUUAAAAUAAAUAUUUUUUUGUUUUCAAAAAUAAAAAUAAAGUGUUAAUUUUUGGUAUUUAUGUGUUGAUAUUCAUACAUAAAUACCUAAAUAAUAAUUUUUAAAGCCAUCGAAAUUCUUAAAUCUUUAAAUUUUGUCCAUUUUGCUUUGGCGGUGUGUUUCUUUUUUAUUUCUUCCUCCACAGCGCUUCCUUAUAUUAUAAUAAUUGAAUGCGAAUGUCGUUUUUAACAAUAUUUCCAUUCGAUAUGCAAUUUAUUUAUUCGUUUAUGCACAUAUCCGUUUUCGUUUAUAAAAAAAACAAAAAAAAAAACUCAACAUAAGUCAGAGUUGAGUAAAAUUUUAUUGUUAUUGUUAAUUUUUUAAUAUAUAUACAUAACUAUACGCAUAUAUAUACAGCUAUAUGUAUAUACAAAUAAUAAAAACAAAAUUAAGUUUCAAUUGAAAAAUAUUUAAAUAACAGCUAUGAUCAAAAGCGCUGAUUAAUAUUUAUUAACAUGAUAUUUAUUUUUAUGAAUGUAAUGUAAAUUGGUAUAUAAAUUGGUAAACGCCAAUAAACAUUUUGAAAAAUAAUUAUAACUGCAAUAAACAAUAUAUUAAACAAUUUGACUACGAAAUUUUUCAAAUAAGAAAAAACGAAAUUUCAAAAAAAAAAAGUUAAUUGUUUAAAAACUUAUAAUUUCGUUCAAAAAAAUUAAUAAUUUUCUUUAAAACGUACAGUAGAGUUGAAAAGAAAUUGCAAGCUAGUGUUGGUAUACCAACGAAUUUGCUGCAUAUAUCGUAUAUAAAUCGUAUCAUAUUCAAAGAAAAAAUGAAAUCAUAAAUAAAUUUAAAUCGUGCAUAUGAAAAUAAUUAAAUUUAUUAAUACUUACAUACAUAUAUACAAUCUUAAAAAUUUAACUAUUUUGUAGUGACAAUUAAAACCAAAAUGAAAAAAAGAAAAAAACAAAAAAGUUGACGCGGCCACAAACCUGUUUUCAGGCAUUUUUUCGCUAUUCAAAAUAUUUAGGAAAAUCAACAUACAAGUCGGACGCAAAUAUACACUUUACACAUUUGCUCUUGGUAGUCAGAAUUUUUGCGCAAGCCAUACACAUGUAUGUUUAUGCAUAAAUAUUAUUGAAAUAAAAAAAUAUGUAUGAAAUAACAGUCUACUGACAUUAGUAGUUAAGUGUAUAAAAUUAAAUGGAAAAAUAUAUUAAAAUUAAUAAAAUACCAAAAUAAUAAUAAUAAUUUUGAUAUACUUACAUAAAUUACGAUAACAGUAAAAGCAAGUAUAAAAGUCAUAAGAACUAACAAACAUUUCUUUGAUAUAAAUAUAAAAUACAGUUAUAAAAAAAUCAAAACCAAAAAAAAUUUAAGAAAUAAAGCCAGUGCCAACAUGUAGCCGAUUAGUGCGACUGCAACAAACACACAUUUCAAAACAAAUCAAAAGUCAUUUGCUGACACAAAAGAUUUAUACACACACAUACAUACAUGCAUACAUAUAUAUAAAUUGUAUUUAAAUCGGUGAAAAAUAAAUAAGUUAAACUAAACUUCUUUUUAUUAAAUUUGUUAUUUUUGCGCCAAUUGAUUAUGGUGAGUUGUUAUUAAGUGCUCACGCUAUUAUUAGUUACAAUUUACAUAUAUACAUACAUACUUAUACACACAAACAUACAUAUAUGAUGAUUGUUUAUAACAUAAUCCUUAAAAUUUAGUGAGUAAUAAAAGUGCAACCAUCCUAUAUUGCAAUGCCAAAAUAUUUACACACACACACACAAACAAAUAUUUGCACAAUUUCUGUGGCAUUGUAUUUUUGCUGAUAGUGUGAAUCCAAACUUUGAAAUAGCAGUGAAUAUUUAAUUUUUCAAUAAAAAAUUUUGUAUGUUCUGUAUACAUAUUCUCCUUUGUUAAAGUUGCUCGCAAUUUCUUAUUGAGUGUGUGCAGCAACAAUACAAACCUACUUAUAUACAUGCAUAAAUACAAUAUUUAUGAGAAAAAAUAAUUACAAUAAAACAGACCAUUGUAUUUAGUAUUUAGUUGUAUCUAAUUGUACGUGCAUAUACAUAUAUUAUUUACAACCUGAACUGGUCAACUUUCAAAAACACUACAGUUUACGGAACAAAAAUAAAUAAUUGAACUAAUAAAAACUACAUAUAUAAUAAUUGUUGUUUUUCAUUUGUUGUGUUGUACAUAAUGGAUAAUGGCGGAGUUUUUUUGUUAAAAUAACUAAAAUUUACUAAUAAAAAGACGAGAAUUUGUAUCUGAAAAACAAAAGCAAAAUGUAGCUAUGCAUAUCACGACUGGAGGUGACCUAACCUUUAUAUAGUCGAAUAGAGCACAGAUGCAAUGAUUAUUGUAAGUGUUGUUUGUAUUUAAUUCGUAAGGGAGUGGCUAAACCAUCCCCAAGAAUGAAAAAGUAAAUUUGAUUAUUAAAAUGUGUAGCCUAUAACUGGUCGUUGGUCAACCUACCACCCACUCAAAGAGAUCCUCAAAUUUAGGUAACCCUCCAUUUAUCUGGUAACAUUAAAGGCCCGUACAACGUGAUCGGGAGCAGAAGCUACUCCAAACUUUUAGCAGAUGAGAAGUGUAGAUUUAUAUAAACAUACAGUACUUACAGACUUUUUUGUACUUAGAGAGACUAUGCUUCUCCAUAACCUUAACACAUUAUAAAAUGGGUUAUUUGCACUUCACUUGCUUGGGAAUGACCCUAGUUUACAACAUGGGGAUGAUCAAUUCGGACGCAGUGCAGCCACGGCUUUCAAAUUGUAUUGAAGUGAAAUUAUUCCUUCAAAUAGAAAGUGCGUCGCUUAACUUUAACAAGCCUUACUAGAGCUUAUCAAUAUCGGAUAUGCACUUUUGUUGUUGUUCAGACACAGCCUAAACCGGAAGCGGAUAUUUCGAGAAAUUUGAAAUAAUUUGCCUGAAUAAAUUAUUUAAUUACUAAGAAAAUAAACUUCGAACAAACUCUUCAUUAUUUGCUCACUAUUUCACAAACUAUUGUCAAAAUAUUAAACGAGCGCUAAAACAUAAAUAGCAGUAUUUCUAUUGAGUUUGAAAUUCUCAUUGGCAAUGCUUUUCAGUCACGCACUGCUUUAUUGCUAUCAGCAAGUACAUUUGUGCACCACUUCGUUUGCAUUUCGCUUUUGCCUAGCCCGCCUUAUCGACUGCGGGUAUAAUGUUGUUUUCUCUCUCAUUCCUUGCCAUUCAUUUCAGUAGUGCAGUGUGAUUUUUCUUGUGUGUGGUAAUGAUGAAAAUUUUGUAAUUUUUUAUCAAAAAUAUAGAAAAUAUAGUCCAAUUACUAUCUGAUUGAAUAUGCAUUCUGAUGAUUUAAAAUGAAAAAGUUUCAUAAUUCAGAAGAAAGCUUUGUGUAUUGAUAUGUAGACGGGCAAAAUAAUUUUCCAAGCAAAGAAUAAACAAAUUAACAUAUUUUUUU